AUGCUGAGGACCGAGGCCGGCGGGGCCGGGGGCUCCCCCUCGGCCGGGGGCGCGGCGGGGGCCGGGGGGGGGCUGCGCAGCGCGUCCCCGCACCGGAACGCCUACGAGGCCACCAUCCAGGCCUUGGCUCCCACAAAGGAGGCCGAUGGCGAGGACGGCAAGAAGAGCCGAGGGAAGAAGUAUGGCUCCAACGUGCAUCGGAUCAAGAACAUGUUCCUGCAGAUGGGGACGGCGCCCGGCCCCGAGGGCUCCUGCGACCUGGCCAAGGCCAAGGAGAAGCCGGUGCGCUUGUCCCUGCCCCGGGCCGGCAGCCUCGGCGACAGCGUGGACCAGGGCAACCUCCUCAAGCUGGGCACCAGCGUCUCGGAGCGCGUCAGCCGCUUCGACUCCAAGCCCGACAAACCCUUCUCGAAGCUGCAGGAGACCCGCAAGAUCUUCGAGAGGAGCCCGCAGGAGAAAGCCACCACCACCAAGCUGCUGCUGCGCAAGGAGCGCGCCGGCUUCCAGGACCGCAAGCUGGACGUGGUGGUGAGGUUCAAUGGCAGCACCGAGUCCCUGGACAAGCUGGACGCGGACGCGGUGUCGCCCACCGUGAGCCAGCUCAGCGCCGUGUUCGAGAAGGCCGACCUGAGGAACAACCUGCACAAGGCGCAGGGCAGGGCGGCCGCGCCGCUCAACGCCAAGGUGGUGGCCAAGAGGCCGAGAGUCUUCGCGCCUGGCACCGAGGCCGCUCGCCCGGGUGAUGGCCACGCUGGCCCGGCUCGUGGCCGGCAGCAGGACGAGGAGAAGGAGAAGGCGGCGGGGAAGAGCGGGAGGCCGGCGGAGAAGGAGGCGAGCGCGCCAAGGGUGCAGGAGGUGUGCAAGAUCAAACCCGUGGAGGUGGAGGAGAGCGGAGAGGGCGAGGAGGAGGAGGAGGAGGAGGAAGCAGCCGUGGUGGGUGAAGCGCCUCCCGAACCCCAAGCGGCCAAAGGGGACGAGGGUCCGGCGGCCGCAGCCCCCCGGCUGGACGGGGGCUCGGGGGUGGCCACGGGCGAGGAGGGCGUCAAGGGCGAGCGGGCGGAGGAGGGCGAAGGCUCCGAGGAGGCCAAGAAGGAGGAUUUCUCCGAGGCGGACCUGGUGGACAUAAGUGCCUACAGCGGGCUCGGGGAGGACUCGGGGGGCAGCGGGCUGGAGGAGGAGGAGGAGGCCGAAGGGCUGUACGAGCCCGAGUCGGGCUGCGUGGAGAUCCCGGGGCUGUCCGAGGAAGAGGAGCCCGUCCCCAACCGCAAAAUCCAGUUCAGCACGGCCCCCAUCCAGGUGUUCAGCACUUACUCCAACGAGGAUUACGAUCGCCGCAAUGAGGACGUGGAUCCCAUGGCAGCCUCGGCCGAGUACGAGCUGGAGAAGAGGGUGGAGAGGCUCGACCUCUUCCCCGUGGAGCUGGAGAAAGACUCCGAAGGGCUCGGGAUCAGCAUCAUCGGGAUGGGCGCGGGGGCCGACAUGGGCCUGGAAAAGUUGGGAAUUUUCGUCAAGACGGUGACGGAAGGGGGGGCAGCGCACCGGGACGGCAGGAUCCAGGUGAACGACCUGAUCGUGGAGGUGGAUGGCACCAGCCUGGUGGGGGUCACGCAGAGCUUCGCUGCCUCCGUGCUCAGGAACACCAAGGGCCGUGUCCGGUUCCUGAUCGGGCGGGAGAAGCCGGGCGAGCAGAGCGAGGUGGCUCAGCUGAUCCAGCAGACGCUGGAGCAGGAGCGGUGGCAGCGCGAGAUGAUGGAGCAGCGCUACAGCCAGUACACCGAGGAUGACGAGGAGACCGGGGAAUACGCCACGGACGAGGAGGAGGAGAUGAGCCCCAUGUUCCCCAGCGGGGAAAUGGCCAUCGAGGUGUUCGAGCUGGCCGAGAACGAGGACACGCUGUCCCCCGUGGAGAUGGACCCCGAGAAGCUGGUGCACAAGUUCAAGGAGCUCCAGAUCAAACACGCCGUGACCGAGGCUGAGAUCCAGCAGCUCAAGAGGAAGCUGCAGAGCCUGGAGCAGGAGAAGGCGCGCUGGAGGGCCGAGAAGGCCCAGCUGGAGCAGAGCGUGGAGGAGAACAAGGAGCGCAUGGAGAAGCUCGAGGGGUACUGGAUGGAGGCCCAGAACCUGUGCCAGGCCGUGGACGAGCACCUCAAGGAGACCCAGGCCCAGUACCAGACCCUGGAGAGAAAGUACAGCAAGGCUAAGCGGCUCAUCAAGGAGUACCAGCAGAAGGAGAUCGAGUUCCUGAAGAAGGAGACGGCGCAGCGGCGAGUGCUGGAGGAGUCGGAGCUGGCGCACAAGGAGGAGAUGGAGAAGCUGCAGGAGAAGGUGGGCACGGGGCGCCGGGACGGGGGAUGUCCCUGA